UCUUGUCUCUGUGUUUUAGUGAUGAGACGAUGAUGAGAUGUGCUGUGCUGUAAAUCAGUAGGAAUUUAUCUGUUCAUGCUGGAUAUAUUGAUGAUUUCAUCACAUAAAUCUCUCAGCUGAAGAGGAGAUUUAUCAAUGAAUCGAGAGGAUGUGGAUUGUUGUGAAUCUUCAGUGUAUGUGACUGAUGAUGGGAGUCUGGAUUCAGUGUGGAUGAGCAGAGAUCAGAGCCGCACACCACAGACACUGCUGGACUCUAAACUCUCUGAAGAGAAAUCCAGACACACACAGGACUCCGAUCUCAGUCUGACUUUACUCUGUUAUACUGAGUCAAAGCCCACAGACACUCAGGACACUACAGUGUGUGACAGUAAACAGAGCUUACAGGAGGAUCAAACCUCCACAGAGUCUCUGGAUUCUGUCUGUAACGCUGGAGAACAGCAGCAGAUCCUGCAGACCAAACUGAAGAUGUGUUCAGUUAAACUCAUCGACUGCAUGAACCUCGUGAUGAAGAUUAAAACUGAACCCACAGAAAUCAAAACUGAGCCCACAGAAAUCAAAACUGAACCCACAGAAAUCAAAACUGAACCCACAGAAAUCAAAACUGAACCCACAGAAGAGGACGAUGCUGAUUUUAUUCCAUCAGAUGUGAAGAGUGAAUCAUGUUUGAAUAUAGAAAUAACGUCCUCAACAUCAAAAGCACAAACUCUUUCCUGCAUCACCUGUGGAAAGACAUUCAGCUCACAGAGACAUUUAGAGAGACAUGAGAGAAAACACACAGAACAGAAACUCUUCACCAGAUCUGAGAUCAGCUUUACUACCUUACAAGAGAAGAAACUUCAUUCAGAAGACCACAGAGAGAAGAAGAAGAAGAAGCAGCAGUUUCACUGUGAGCAGUGUGGGAGGAUUUGUGUCUCUUCCUCUCAACUAAAGGUUCACAUGAGGAUACACAGCGGUGAAAAGCCUUUCAACUGCAAUGAAUGUGGAAAAUACUUCAAAACCAAACACACUCUUAAAAAUCAUCAGAGACUUCACACAGGAGAAAAACCUUACGAGUGUCCUCACUGUGAGAAGAGAUUUAGCUGUAAACAUAAACUGAAGACUCAUGUGCUUUUACACACCAAUGAGAGACCGUAUCAGUGCAGUGAAUGUGACAAAACCUUUAGGGAUUCAAGUUCAUUAAAAAAACACCAGAAUAUUCACUUUAAAGAGAAACUCUAUCAGUGUUCACACUGUGAUAAACGUUUCUGCCAUAAAUAUAAUCUGAUGGUCCAUCAGAGAGUUCACACAGGAGAAAAACCUUACAAAUGCUCUCAGUGUGACAAGACUUUUUCUCAGUCAGGUCACUUCAAAGAACAUCAGAGGGUUCACACUGGAGAGAAACCUUACGUCUGUGCCCAAUGUGGAAAGAGCUUCACUCAUUCAUCUCAAUUCAGAGAUCAUCAGAGACUUCAUACUGGAGAGAAACUUCAUCACUGUAGUGUCUGUGGGAAGAGUUUCUCUAAUUUAUCUAAAUUCAGAGUUCAUCAAAGAGUUCAUACGGGAGAGAAACCUUAUCACUGUAGUGUCUGUGGGAAGAGUUUUAGUGUAAAGUAUACCUUAAUAAGUCACAUGAGAAUUCAUACAGGUGAAAAACCUUUCAAAUGCUCUCAGUGUGACAUGAUGUUUGCUUAUUCAUGUCACUUAAAAGUCCAUCAGAGAGUUCACACUGGAGAGAAACCUUAUUACUGUAGUGUCUGUGGAAAGAGCUUCUCUUGGUUAUCUCAAUUAAGAGAUCAUCAAACAGUUCAUUCUAGAAAGAAACAACAUCAAUGUAGUGUCUGUGGAAAGAGCUUCUCUUGGUUAUCUCAAUUCAGAGUUCAUCAAAGAGUUCAUACUGGAGAGAAACCUCAUCACUGUAGUGUCUGUGGGAAGAGUUUUAGUCUAAAGUCUACCUUACUAAGGCACCAGAGAGUUCAUACAGGUGAAAAACCUUACAAAUGCUCUCAGUGUGACAAGACGUUUGCUUAUUCAAGUCACUUCAGAGUCCAUCAGAGAGUUCACACUGGACAGGAUGUGGAUUGUUGUGAAUCUUCAGUGUAUGUGACUGAUGAUGGGAGUCUGGAUUCAGUGUGGAUGAGCAGAGAUCAGAGCCGCACACCACAGACACUGCUGGACUCUAAACUCUCUGAAGAGAAAUCCAGACACACACAGGACUCCGAUCUCAGUCUGACUUUACUCUGUUAUACUGAGUCAAAGCUCACAGACACUCAUGACACUACAGUGUGUGACAGUAAACAGAGCUUACAGGAGGAUCAAACCUCCACAGAGUCUCUGGAUUCUGUCUGUAACGCUGGAGAACAGCAGCAGAUCCUGCAGACCAAACUGAAGAUGUGUUCAGUUAAACUCAUCGACUGCACGAACCUCAUGAUGAAGAUUAAAACUGAACCCACAGAAAUGAAAACCGAACCCACAGAAAUGAAAACCGAACCCACAGAAAUGAAAACCGAACCCACAGAAAUCAAAACUGAACCCACAGAAAUCAAAACUGAACCCACAGAAAUCAAAACUGAACCCACAGAAAUCAAAACUGAACCCACAGAAGAGGAAGAUUGCACUGAGGAAGAUGAUGAUUUUAUUCCAUCAGAUGUGAAGAGUGAUUCAUGUUUGGAUAUAGAAAUAACGUCUUCAACAUCAAAAGAGCGACUGACAGCACAAACUCUUUCCUGCAUCACCUGUGGAAAGACAUUCAGCUCACAGAGACAUUUAGAGAGACAUGAGAGAAAACACACAGAACAGAAACUCUUCACCAGAUCUGAGAUCAGCUUUACUACCUUACAAGAGAAGAAACUUCAUUCAGAAGACCACAGAGAGAAGAAUAAGAAGCAGUUUCACUGUGAGCAGUGUGGGAGGAUUUGUGUAUCAUCCUCUAAACUAAAUAUUCACAUGAGGACACACAGUGAUGAAAAGCCUUUCAACUGCACUGAAUGUGGAAAAUACUUCAAAACCAAACACAAUCUUAAAGUUCAUCAGAGAAUUCAUACAGGUGAAAAACCUUUCAAAUGCUCUCAGUGUGAAAAGAGCUUCUCUAAUUCAUCUCAUUUAAGAGUUCAUCAUCAGAGAGUUCAUACUGGAGAAAAAACGUACGAGUGUCCUCACUGUGAGAAGAGAUUUAGCUGUAAAAGUGGUCUGAAUAGACAUGUGCGUUCACACACCAAUGAGAGGAUGCGUUCACACACAAAUGAGAUGAUGCGUUCACACACCAAUGAGAGACCGCAUCAGUGCAGUGAAUGUGGAAAAACCUUUAGGGAUUCACGUUUAUUAAAAAAACACCAGCAUAUUCACUUUAAAGAGAAACUCUAUCAGUGUUCAUACUGUGAUAAACGUUUUUCUCAUAACUAUAAGCUGAUGGUCCAUCUAAGAGUUCAUACAGGAGAAAAACCUUACGAGUGUCCUCACUGUGAGAAGAGAUUUAGCUGUAAACGUGGUCUGAAGACUCAUGUGCUUUUACACACCAAUGAGAGACCGCAUCAGUGCAGUGAAUGUGGAAAAACCUUUAGGGAUUCACGUUUAUUAAAAAAACACCAGCAUAUUCACUUUAAAGAGAAACUCUAUCAGUGUUCAUACUGUGAUAAACGUUUCUGCCAUAACUAUAAGCUGAAAAUCCAUGAGAGAGUUCACACUGGAGAAAAACCUUACAAAUGCUCUCAAUGUGACAAGACUUUUCACCAUUCACGUAACUUAACAUUCCAUGAGAGAGUUCACACUGGAGAGAAACCUCAUCAAUGUAGUGUCUGUGGGAAGAGUUUUAGUCGCCAAUCAAACUUACUAAGUCACCAGAAAGUUCAUACAGGUGAAAGACCUUACAAAUGCACUCAGUGUGACAAGACUUUUGCUUAUUCAAGUCACUUCAGAGUCCAUCAGAAAGUUCACACUGGUGAGAAACCUCAUCCCUGUAGUGUCUGUGGGAAGAGUUUUAGUCGCCAAUCAAACUUACUAAGUCACCAGAAAGUUCAUACAGGUGAACGACCUUACAAAUGCUCUCAGUGUGACAAGACAUUUACUUGUUCAUCUAACUUAAAAGGCCAUCAGAGAGUUCAUACUGGAGAGAAACCUCAUCACUGUAGUGUCUGUGGGAAGAGUUUUAGUGUAAAGGAUACCUUACUAAGGCACCAGAGAGUUCAUACAGGUGAAAAACCUUACAAAUGCUCUCAGUGUGAAAAGACUUUUGCUUAUUCAAGUCACUUCAGAGUCCAUCAGAAAGUUCACACUGGACAGAACCUUUAACGCUUUCCACGCCAGCGUUUAAAAAAAGUUGCCAGCCAGCACCAGCAUUUUUUAUGAUUUUCACAAAAGUUGAAUGUCUUCCAGAAAACUUACAAUAUAUCAAAUGAAAAACAGGCCCUCUGCUUUCAAACAAAAAAAGACGUUUCAUCCAACCUUAUUAGUUAUCUUGUAAUCACCUCUCAAAUAAGGGUUGGUUUCUUAAAAAAACACCAAAUUUUGAGCAAAAGGCUGAGAUAAUUGCAUUUUUGUAAAGGACUUUGGAUAGAGAUCCAAUAAUUCCAAUUCAGACCGAUCCAUAAAAAACAUACACAGAAAUAAAGCUGUUGUAUAAGUUGUGGCAGAGCACCACCUGGUGGAUAAUAGCAGUAUUGCGGAAAGCCGGAAUUACUCGUCAUUGGCAGGGAAGCUUUUUUUUCACUACAACAAUGGUAGAAAACCGAAACGUGAAUAAUAGACUGAGGAGAAGAGCAUCUAAAGCGCUAUCAGAGGGGUGUGUGGUGUGCUGCUUUUGGGCUUCCAGGGCUACUUGUAGGCUGUAACUAUAUGACUGCAGGUGAAGGUGGCAAUGUGACAAAUAUUGCAUAUACUUUGACGUAUGGUGUCAUAUGACAGUCUAGUAGUGGUGUCCCAUUUCUUAGGGGAAUAUUUUUAACCCUUCCCCUGUUCACACUGCUUUAGGAGGCAAGGUUAAGGGUUAGGCGUAUAAAAUAGAAUUGGAAUUGGGCCUAAUAAUCUAUGGUGGGUUAUUUGUGUAUGGUGGUUAAAACAUGCAAAUAAUAAACAUCCGCUCGACUGACCGAGCAGCUAAUCAAACGUCUUGAACUUUUCAGCGCCUAGCACCGUGUGCGACCCACGUGACGUCCUGACGUGAAGUCAACGCCUUAGAAAUUGCAUUUUUUCAGCAAGGUGAGGUGCUAAACUGUUAAAGGGAAAUUGAACCCUAGAUAUUUUAGCCUGUUUUCAGGGGUCAUUUAUUUCCAUUUUGCAU